AUGGCAUCUCAUGCUGCGAUGCUUCUAAAUCCCAAGGGCUCCAAAAGACAAGCUCAAAGCAAUGGUAAUGAUCCCUUCUGUUCUCCCCCCGCGAGUGAUUUGUCUCCCGUGGAUGAUGUCGCCAUGUCCUCCGAGCCACCCUCGGACAAGUCUGGGCAUAUGACUUGUGCUGCUGCGCUUGAUUCUCCUGGUUCCCCUGGUUCUUCUCCUCGUGUUUCUACCCUCCCUUGCGUGGAUACAAUGGAUGCCUCGGCCGUGCCUAGGGACCUUCCUGACCCACCUGAGACUCCUGUCCAUCUUGACACGGAGAUGGAUGCUCAGUCCAUGCAUACGAAUAUAACGCAGCCGGCUGAAUCUGGUGUCUCCGAUGCCCCUCAUAUGGAUACUUCGGUUAUGCAUGGAGAGUUCCUUGGCCCAGCUGACUCUUUUCCCCCUUGUGCCCUCAAUUCGCUUGAUUCGUCUUCGAGUCUUUCUUCCCACAAUUUGUCUUCCCCCGUUAUCUCUCCCCCGACAGACCCGAUGCUUCUCGACUCCAUAGAUUCCCAAGGCUCACUUCUGGAAGGUCCAGGUAAACAGCAAGGAAAUGGUUCAUAUACUGCCUCUCCUAUAGCUCCCGUGGGCACUGCGACUACUACACGCUUUGAACCACCCACUAGUCGAACCUCUCCAAGUGUGGCGUCCGAAAUCUCGACCCCUGCUAUGAAGUCAGAACCCAGCCUGACAGUGCAGUUCAGCACUACCCAUGACGAAGACAACGAAAGCGACACGAAAAGAAGUUACCGCGAGAUGAGUGACGACCAAGGCAUCACCCACCGCCCCAAUUUGAUCGAAAACGUCUAUGGCGUUGAAAAACGGAAGAACCAGCCGACCAAGAAAAUGAAAACCGAGCAUGACGUGGAAGAGAAAGCGAACAUGGCGACAGCACCGGCGUCGAUCUCUGGAGAUAGCGGACUUGGGAAAUGGAUGAAAGAGGAGGAUGUGAAGCCAACACCAAUCUCCACUACAUCCAACGUGGUGGAUCUGACAGCAGAUCUUGUGAACACACCUAAGGACGAUGACGAAGUCCUAUGCACUGGUUCAACGGACCUAAGCGCCCAGCGUGUGUGUUACGGCAAAGUCGAAAGCGCAAUGGUCAUGGCCUAUUUAGUCCCCAAACCAGGGCCCUCUGUUUACACUGACUGGUCACAUGCUUGGCCGUCUAUUAAAUUAGACUUGCACCGCCGGGCUGAGAAGGGCAAUUUUAAGAUCGAGGUCGCGGACCCUCACGGCAGGAUCUUCGGUACAAUUGACCCUAAGACGGCACAAGGGCUGUGUCCCCUCCUGGACUCCGAAGAAGCUGGCAUUGAAGUGAAAGCCCUAUUGGAUGUCCGGAGAACUUCACCGAAUGAAGAGAUUUGGCAUCCCACCUCAGGGCUAUGGCGGGCAAGCCUCAACAUAUAUGGCCAGAGAAAGAACGCAGAGGCUAUUGGCAACUUCCUAUCUCACCGCAAUGUCUGGCUAGGAACCCCAAAUUCUGUCGACAAAGGGACUACUGUAUUCAACCCUCACGCAGAGAGCCGACGCCAGCUGGCCGCCGCAAACGCCGCCGCCAACAGCUCUGGGCGUUCUCGUCCAGGGCCAGGCAUUAGAUAUGAAGCGCGAACUGCUGAAGAGGCCAAUGAUGCAGUCAUGAAGAUGUUCGACCAGCUUGCCAACGCGAACAUUCCCACCAUGGAGCCGUCUCAUCAUAUCGAAACACCAUUGCUCCAUCACCAAAAGCAAGCAUUGUGGUUCAUGACAGAGAAAGAGAAGCCGCGGAAAUUUGGCCGGAAAGAAGAAGACAACAAUUCCUUGUGGCGAAUGGAAAACACGCCCAAUGGCAAGACACAGUACCGCGAGAUCAUCACUGGAAUGAUCUCAGAGCAAAAGCCCGAGGAGGCCCUAGGUGGCUUGUUGGCCGACAUGAUGGGGCUGGGCAAGACCUUGAGUAUUCUUUCACUCAUCACCUCAUCGCUUAGUCUGGCUGAUGACUGGACGGAGAUGGCUCCUGAUCCUGUUCUUGUUCGCCGAAAUCCAGGAAUUCGCAACACACGGACAACGCUAUUAGUUGUCCCGCUGAGUGCAGUGAGUAAUUGGGUUACACAGAUCAAGGACCAUCUCAAGCCACGCUCCAUCAGCUACUACAUUUUUCAUGGUCCAUCGCGUAUCACUGACUUCAAUGAACUUUCCGAGUUCGAUAUUAUCAUCACGACAUACAGUACAGUUCUCAGCGAGAUUUCGGGUCGUGGCGCCAGAAGUGGAAAACUCAGCCCCUUGACAAAAAUGAACAUGUUCCGGAUUGUUCUUGACGAAGCUCACAUCAUUAGAGAGCAAAAUGCGGCACAAACCAAGGCAAUCCUCGGUCUCCACUCCGAGCGUCGAUGGUCGGUUACUGGAACCCCAAUCCAAAACCGCAUGGAAGAUCUCCUGUCUGUGACCAGGUUUUUACGGAUUGUGCCUUAUGACCAGCGAAGCCAAUUUUCACAGCAUAUAUCUAGCCCGGUCAAAAAUGGUGACCCCAAUGUACUUGCCAGGUUGCGAGUUCUGGUGGAUUCGUUCACUUUGCGCAGAGUGAAGGAUAAAAUCAAUCUGCCGCCCAGGAAAGACAAUAUCAUCACACUAAGAUUCACCGAGAAGGAACAGCAAUUGCAUGACUUCUUCCGCGCGGAAUCAAAUGUGAUGAUGAGUGUCAUUGCUGGUGAGGACAAACGCAAGAUGGGCGGUCGGAUGUAUCACCAUGUCUUGAAAGCCAUGAUGAUUCUCCGUCAAGUUAGCGCACAUGGAAAAGAGCUUCUUGACAUUUCAGACCGGGAAAGAAUUAAGGGCUUAUCCGUCAACGACGCAAUUGACCUGGAGGAGGGCGAACCGGACGAAACCCGAGCCGCCAUAGACAAGAAGGCAUACGAAAUGUUCGACCUGAUGCAGCAAAACUCGGUCCCCCGGUGUGGUAAUUGUAAUCGAGAACUCGACGAACCUCUGAAUUCAGUGGGAGCUGUCGCCCGUGAUGCUCCGAUGGCUAUUGCCUUACCAUGCCAUGAUAUUUUCUGCCCCGGUUGCUUCUCUGGCUGGAAACACACAUUCGAUUCGUGUCCCGACACCCAGACCCGUUGCCCCAGGUGCGAAGGCUGGAUUCACCUGAAAUAUUCAACCAUCACACCUGCUGGCUUUGAAGAAUACCAGGCCCAAAAGGAAAGUGAACGGCAAACCCGGAAGCUGGGCAAGAAUCUCGGUGAUUACGAAGGACCGCACACCAAGACUAUUGCACUAGUCAACUACCUGAAGGAAAGUGUUGAAGACAGCAAGCAGCUCGAAGGCGAGUCGCCUAUCAAGAGUGUUGUGUUCUCUGGAUGGACCUCGCACCUGGAUCUCAUCGAGGUCGCCUUGAAAAACAAUGGGCUUGAUGGCUUUGUCCGACUCGACGGUACCAUGGCUCUGUCAGCACGCACGAAGGCACUUGAGGAAUUUGCCAAAAACGACCAUAUCACAGUUCUUUUGGCAACCAUUGGUGCUGGUGGUGUGGCCCUGAAUCUAACCUCUGCCUCGCGUGUUUUUAUUAUGGAGCCCCAGUACAACCCAGCUGCUGUUGCUCAGGCGAUUGAUCGUGUUCAUCGCCUUGGGCAAACUCGCCCUGUGCAAACCUACCAAUUCGUUAUGAAAGACAGCAUUGAGGAGAAGAUUAUGGAUCUUGCCAAGAAGAAGCAAGAGAUGGCGGACACGAGCCUGAAUCGCGCAAAGCAAGACAAGCGAGAGACACAGGAGGCUCGCAUGCGUGAAUACCGCAGCCUUUUCAAAUAG